UCGGGAAAAAGAAGUGAAGCAAGUGAACGCGGGCGCGUCUGCUUGUUCAUGUCAGUCGGUCCCGUUUGUUUUUCUUUUUGAAUAUCGCAACACACAGCAACCCGCAAGGAAUCGUUGACAAAAGAACGAAAAUGGAGGCCGAAGUAGAAGCGGACCUUCAGCCACAAGAGGAAUUGAGGGAGCCUCCGGCAAGGAUGACAAGGCAGCAGACCCUGACCUUGAUAUCCAUGGCGUCCGUCAAUUUCAGCUCCAUGAUCUGCUACUCCAUCCUGGGACCCUUCUUCCCCAUCGAGGCAGAAAAGAAAGGUGCAUCUCAGACAAUGGUUGGCGUCAUAUUUGGCUGCUACGCCGUGAGCAAUUUGAUUGGCGCCUUGAUCCUGGGCCGAUAUAUUGUUCAAAUCGGCGCAAAAAUGAUGCUGAUCCUGGGCCUCUUUGUGUCGUCGGGCUGCACCAUUCUCUUUGGGCUGCUGGACCGAGUCCCCGCCGGUCCGGUUUUUAUCGCCUUGUGCAUCAUCGUGAGGUCUGUGGAUGCGGUUGGCUUCGCCGCCGCCAUGACCUCUUCCUUUGCGCUCUCGGCAAAAGUAUUCCCAAACAAUGUGGCGACUGUUUUGGGAAGUCUGGAAGUGUUUACGGGCCUGGGCCUCAUCCUGGGUCCGCCGGUUGGAGGCUGGUUCUACCAGUCCUUUGGAUACGAGGUUCCCUUCAUGGUGCUCGGCUGUUUCCUGUUAAUUAUGGUGCCGCUCAACAUCUACAUCCUUCCCUCCAUCGACGCCGUUUCCUCAAAGACCUCCUUCUUGAAACUUCUCAAAAACCUGAAAAUCAUCCUGCUCUGCUACGUCAUCUUCACCCUGAGCUCGGGUCUGGGUUUCCUGGACGCCACGUUGUCGCUGUACGCCGUGGAACAGUUCCACCUGUCCACCGGCUAUGUGGGCCUGAUCAUGCUAGGUCUGUCCUUCCCGUACUCACUGGGCUCCCCGCUGAUGGGCUUCUUCACCGAUAAAUACCCCGCGUCCAGGAGCUGGUUCAUGGUGAUCGGAGGCGUCGCCACGGCGGGCGGCUUCCUCUUCCUGGGGCCCGUCCCAUUCCUUCACAUACCAAGGCAACUGUGGCUGCUGGUCAUCAUGCUGGGAGUCAUCGGUUUUUCCCUGGCCAUGACCACUAUCCCCAUCUUCCCAGAGGUCAUCAAGUGCGCCUAUGACAACGGUUUUGAGGAGGGACUGAGCACUCUCGGAAUGGUGUCGGGCUUAUUCGGAGCCGUUUGGUCUAUGGGGAUGUUUUACGGGCCCACCAUGGGCGGCGUCAUCACACAGCGGCUGAGCUUCGAGUGGGCAGCCGCCAUCCAAGGAGGCUUGGCCUUCCUAGGAGCUUUCCUGCUGGCGCUCUACUACGUCUCGCAUCCGGCAUGCUCGCAAAGGCUUCCUGACAAGACGCAACAUAUGGAUGAAAGACGUCCACUCUUGGAUGAAUAAAAUCCCAGUAAAAAAAACAACAACAAAAAACUUGAGUAUUUGUAAAAUACUUGAUAAAGGUGGUUGCCCUUCUUUUUAUCAGCAGAUGAGCGUCU